UUACAUUUGCGCUCUCUUGCCGCAGCGCAUCGGGUCUCACCUUUUCUCCAAUCAUACUUUUCGCAUUUACAGUCACAAGCCCGUAAAGCAACCACCAUUUCCGCUCUAUCAUUGCUCUGCAACCUACGCCAUUGACUUCUGAUUCAUCUCCUCGAGUCCAUGGAAUCGCCUUUACGAUAAAGUUUGUUUUUUAUAAGGUUUCUUCUUCACUUCUGUCAUUUGGAGAGUGAAAGGGAAUGCUAGCCUGUGUUAUUCUCCAAAUUUCAGAAUUUUGAAUGCUUUAGACUAGUAUUCUUUCUGAAAAACAAGAGGGAAAAAAAUUGUUUCUCUGCUGCCGCUGAAGAGUUAUCACAUAUAACUUGUAAUUCAUUAGUUUAACAUACAUUAGAUCAUCAUAAUGGGAUCAGAAGCUCCUCCAGUGGUUACAGUUCAUAUUACAGGCUUCAAAAAAUUUCAUGGUGUUUCAGAGAAUCCGACAGAAACUAUAGUCAAUAAUCUGAAGGGAUACAUGGAGAAGAAGGGAUUACCAAAAGGCCUAGUUAUUGGUAGUUGCAGUAUUCUUGAGACUGCUGGAGAGGGAGCUGUGGCUUCUCUUUAUAAAAUUUUGGACUCAGCUCUAUCUACCCAUGAUAGUUCUUCUAGUGUUGACCGUGUGAUUUGGGUUCAUUUUGGAGUUAAUAGUGGUGCAACUAGAUUUGCUAUCGAGAAUCAAGCAGUGAAUGAAGCUACUUUUCGAUGUCCUGACGAGCUAGGAUGGAAACCCCAAAGAGUACCCAUCAUUCCCUCAGAUGGAGGCAUAUCACGAAUACGUGAGACUUCGCUUCCUACCAACGAGAUAACAAAGGCACUUUCAGGCAUGGGAUACAGUGUUAUGACUUCUGAUGAUGCUGGCAGGUUUGUCUGUAACUAUGUAUAUUACCACUCUCUUCGCUUCGCAGAGCAACAUGGAAUCAAAUCCCUCUUUGUACAUUUCCCCUUAUUCUUGACGAUCAAUGAGGAUACCCAGAUGCAAUUUGCUGCUUCCCUGUUAGAGGUCAUCGCCUCUUUGCAGCAGUGAAAAUCAAUGUGGAUACAUUAUGCUGUUAUGUAUGUUGGACUGUAAUUUGGUCAUUGAUUGAAAAUGAAAAGGUUUUUGGUCUUUGAUGUUUUUUCAAAUGUAUGUAUUUGUGCUUACUGCAAACUAUUUCCAGUCAAUAAAUAUGGGCUUGUUGAACUUAUUGUUAUGAUUGAAGAAAGAUGGAAAUUUUGAAU